CCCAACACACAACACGACGCGCGUGACACUUCCGGGCUCAUAUUGUAAAGCACAAUAUGAAGAGAUAGAUGAGUUCACCUGCAGAGCUUGAACGCUGCGAGGCUGGAAGUCGGCUCUGUCUGUCUGUAACCUGAAAAACUGACGGCCGGGCGGAGGCGGACACAUUCACAGACAAAGAGGAGUUGGACUUGUAAAUCAGGUCAUGUAUGGAUUUUUCAGAAAGCCCCAGACCCAGCCUGUUUGUCUGAAACCACCAGGGGGCUGGACUUGUUUCUUUUGGCUGGCCUAGUGUGGACCUGAGGCCAUUUUAUUCCCAGGGAGUACAAGCAAAAACAAGUGUGGAAUCAGGACCUUUAAGAAAGACAGAAGGAAGAAGGAGUGGGGGACUGAAGAAAAGAGGGACCGACUGCAACCGCAGGAGCAGAAACUUUUUCUCACAACUUGUCUUCCUCCACACUCUCUCCUCACCACUCCUCAGCUACUUUACAGCUUCACCAACAUGAAGCUGAAGGAGGACCUGAACCCCAUGCUGCUGCUCCUCUUCCACCUCAUGGUGUGGAUCUACACCUUCAUCACCUUCCUGCCCUCCUACAUCCUCUGUUGGGUUUCCCGACCUGACGGGGUCUUCUACGGCUCUGAGGAGGAGCGCGCCAAGAGAGAGAAGGCCCGCUCGGUGCUGGGACGUCCCGAGGGACCCUACAGAGCUGUGAGCGCCACCAAAAGACUGGUGACAUCGCUGCACCCGGGAGUGGACACCCUGGAUAAGAUGUUUGAGUACGCAGCCAUGAGGUUCCCACAUAGAGACUGUCUUGGCACGAGGGAGGUGAUCAGCGAGGAGGAUGAGCGACAGAGUAACGGGAAGGUGUUCAAGAAGGUGGUUCUUGGUGAGUACCUCUGGCUCUCUUAUGAGGAGACCCUCUCUGCAGCGUCCCAGCUAGGCAGUGGUCUGGCAUCACUGGGGCAGCGACCAAAAAACAACAUCGCCAUCUUCUGUGAGACACGAGCUGAGUGGAUCAUAGCCGCCCAGGCCUGCUUCAUGUACAACUUCCCAUUGGUCACCCUCUACUCCACACUGGGGGGUCCAGCCAUUGCUCACGGGCUGAAUGAGGCUCAGGUUACCCACAUCAUCACCAGCAGAGAGCUCCUGGAGACCAGACUCAAGCCUAUCCUCAUUGAAGUUCCGAGGCUGCAGCAUAUCAUAGUUGUGGACAGCACACCAACGUCGUGGCCCGGCUACCCGCGUGGCAUCAGCGUCCACAACAUGGCUGCUGUUCAGAAGCUGGGAGCCAGGCCGGAGAAUGCAGCACGUGAGCGUAAGCAGCCACUGCCUUCAGACAUUGCAGUCAUCAUGUACACCAGCGGAUCAACAGGUGUCCCAAAAGGCGUCAUGAUCUCCCAUAGCAACAUUAUUGCUGGCAUCACUGGAAUGGCCGAGCGGAUACCCAACCUGUGUGAGGAGGACACCUACAUUGGCUACCUGCCUCUGGCCCAUGUACUAGAGCUGAGCGCAGAGCUUGUAUGUGUUUCUCAUGGCUGCAGAAUCGGAUAUUCUUCACCUCAGACUCUCGCUGACCAGUCAACCAAGAUCAAGAAAGGAAGCAAGGGAGACACCAGCCUCCUGCAGCCCACUCUGAUGGCAGCUGUGCCAGAGAUCAUGGAUCGUAUCUAUAAGAACGUGAUGACAAAGGUCGAGGAGAUGAACUGUGUCCAACGAACACUCUUCAUUCUGGCAUACAACUACAAACUGGAUCAGCUCGCCAAAGGUUAUAGCACACCUCUAUGUGACAAGUUGGUCUUCAGGAAAAUUCGCUCUCUCCUCGGUGGUCAGACGCGGGUCUUGUUAUCAGGUGGAGCACCGCUCUCUGCUGCCACGCAACGCUUCAUGAACGUGUGUUUCUGCUGCCCAGUGGGUCAGGGAUACGGCCUGACGGAGACUUGCGGCGCUGGAACCAUUAGCGAGCUGUGGGAUUACAGCACUGGGAGAGUGGGAGGGCCGCUGGUUUGCUGUGAGAUCAAGCUCAAAGACUGGGUGGAGGGUGGUUAUCGUAGCACAGACAAGCCGCAUCCUCGAGGAGAGAUUCUGAUUGGUGGACCCAACGUAACCAUGGGAUACUACAAGAACGAGGCUAAAAACCAAGAAGAUUUCUUUGUCGAUGAGAACGGCCAGCGAUGGUUCUGUACAGGGGACAUCGGGGAGUUUCACGAGGACGGGUGCCUCAAGAUAAUUGAUCGUAAGAAAGACUUGGUGAAGCUCCAGGCAGGAGAGUACGUCUCCCUGGGAAAGGUGGAGGCCAUGCUGAAGAAUUGCCCGCUGGUCGACAACAUUUGUGCCUAUGCCAGCAGUGAUGAGACAUACGUGAUUGGCUUUGUGGUGCCCAAUCAGAAGCAUUUCAUGGCCCUGGCUAACCAGUAUGGUAUCCAAGGCUCAUGGGAGGAGCUGUGCAACAGCAAGGCCAUGGAGGAGCUGGUCCUCAAGGUCAUCACUGAGGCUGCUCUAGCAGCCCAGCUAGAGCGCUUUGAGAUCCCUCGCAAGAUCCGUCUGAGUCCAGACCCAUGGACUCCCGAGACAGGAUUAGUGACUGACGCAUUCAAGCUCAAACGCAAAGAGCUGAAAACACAUUACCAGAACGACAUAGAGAGAAUGUACGGUGGGAAAUAAUGACAAAGACCAGCACAGCAUUGUUCAUUGUCAAAGCACAGACCAGACCAACACUUGACUCUGAAACACUCCCAAUACUCUCUCACUCCUCCCCCCUUUCUUCUGCCCCAUCAACAGAAAAGCUGGGUUGCAAUUUCUCCCUUUACUGUGCACAUAUUAAACAAUUCCACCAUGGAAACGGCUUUUACUUGAAUUUGUAACCAUAAACAGACAUAAAAAGUGCUUAAAUGGAGAAAUAUUAAGGAGAAGAAGAAGAUCCCUUUUUAUUGCUGCCUUUUCCCUUUUUUUCGUCUAGGUGUGUGACCUCUUUGUGGAGAUCUUUAUUGUUCCAGAUGUGAGUUAUGAAACAGAUCGUGUUUUAGCUGAUGUCUGUUGAACUCUUGUCUGAGUGCCACAGCAGAAGCUCAGGUCAGCUAGACAGGGUUGUUGCCUUGUUGCUUUGUGCUCAUCCACAAAACUCCAGAUUGAUUAUGUACAUCCCUAAAUCUUUUCUUAAGUUGUCUUUCCUGCAGGUCAGGAGAUGGUUUAGCUUUUUCCUCACAUGUUUUGAGUUCUGUGAAUGGUUUAUUUUAUUUCCCACCCGCGGUCAGACUCUGACUCCCAGGCUCGUGGGACGUCUCUCACACCAGCACAUCUUGAUUCCAAAAAGCACAAAGUCAUUUGAGGGCAAAUGCAAGCAGGUUGGUAAGACUGCUGAGGUCAUAUCUGGUCUAACAAUUUUUAUCUUUUCAUUGUCAACAGUGAGACUGUUGCUCCUUUUUUUUCAGGAAAAUGCACCUAACAGACUUAUUUAAAAGAUAAAAAACAAAGAUGCAUUGUUGUUUAGUUUAUUCAAUUUUCAUACAGUGAUAGAAUAUACUCUUCUAUGUGCUGUACAGACCACAGUGUGCACAAAAAUGCACAUUUACUUGCUUGUAUUACAGAUGAAAUUACUGUGUCGUCAUUGUCAUAUUUGAUAAAUCAUAGUGCAAUAUGAAAAUGUAUCAUUGCUGUCCGAAUAAGGCAGUCGAUUACAGAUAGGAUUCAAAUAAAGCUUUUUCAAUGUGCGUGGGUGCACUGGUUGAAGAAUUGGCAGACUUUUGCACAUGCGACUUUUGUGUGUGUGUAUGGUUAAAAUUCAUUUUGCAGGACUGUCAUCACCAGUUUAAUGCUUUGUUACAUAUUUUUUGUCAUCUGUAUGAGUAUGACUGAGUGUGUGACUCAUCAUGUCCAUACACAGCACAAACAUGGUCCCAGCAUCCCUCAUAAUGUGACACUUGUUGCCUUUUCUUGUGAUUCUGUGUCACGCCUUUCUAAUUCCUGGCUGAUUUGAUCUUGACUUGUACAUACAUGUAUGUGGAGCUGUGAUCAGUUCAUGAAGCAAAUGUAAAUCCUUUAUUUUAAUGAUAUUUAAUUAUAUCUAUUAUCAUAGACCAGUUUUGGAGCUCAACUAUCUCUCUAAAUGGAGACCCUGCCUUGUAACAUAAGUACAUCCAACUAUUUAUUUGUAAUUUGCUUUUGGAAAAUACUCGAAUGAAGUAAAUAAAGAUUGUGUUUGGUCUAAGUAUUUUAUUGGA